AUUUGUUCCUUUUUUACGGUGAUUUGUUCUAACACGAUCCCAUAGUGCACUGCUGUCAAACUGCAAUGAAAUCAGUUUCGGAGUUGACGGCUCUUUUCGUAAACCAAAUAGUUUCCCAUUCGAAAAGGACUGAACAAUAAUAAGGACGCACUUGGAUUCUGAUUUGGUGACUGCUGGCCGCCGAUUUGUAUGUAUUCCCGGUGCCACACAUAUCAAGGAGUUGGGUGAAAGUUGCCAUUGUGUUUGGUUGAUGCGAAUAGAACAAAGAACACGCUUUUCCCGAACGGUUUGGUGCAUCAUCAUAGGCCGUCUCUUCUGGUGCAUGCAGUGCAAGGAUUCUUGCGUUAUCGUAGGUUCGCUGAACAUCCUCCGAACGACACCCAGCGCGGGUAGCUGAGAAUAUUGGGUUCCGGUCAGUUCUAUGAACUCGGCACACGAACAAAACGCAUCGGAUGACGAUUCCAGACUCGAUGAAGAAUCGUCAUCAUCAUCCGGAAGUCGCUCAGGCGGGAAGGAUGAAAGUCAGGCUAAAAAAGCCACCAAACAACCCAACCAUUCGCUACCGUCCUCUUCCUCCUCUCACGCCCACUCCCCGCCUGUGUCCUCAUCCGUUCGUUCCCAGACGACACCUCGAACUGGGUCGGGAUUGACGAGCGAAGAGCAGGCAGCAAAGCGAGAUUCAGUGAAAAAGCUCAUCGAACGAUAUUUCUACCAGCUGAUGCAAGGCUGUGGCAAUACGAAGUGUUGCAACAAAAACUGUGCCUCAAGUGGAAAGGUUGGCCGACUAACACCGAACGCAGCCGCUGCCCGGGCGAUUCAACUGUACUCGCAGGAAGCAGAUAUGUGCUACGAUACGCAGCCCACAAACGUAACCGAAACGGAUAAUCAAAAUAAUGCGGCCAGCAGCAGCGCUUUCCCGUUUCAUUCGCCUAUCGCUCAAGGGACGAACGAGUCCCGGUGCUCAACUGGAAAACAAUCGAAUGCACACCACCGGCAGGAGAAAUGUAAAGAGAGCAAAGCUAGCAAAGAAAUGGAUGCGGCGUAUGACAACUCUGCCUUUGACAUAGACUCAAUAGACGAGGAAGACAGUAGGGCGAAAUCAACGGAAACCAUGGUUCCCAGCAAUACUACUGCCAGAAAGCAGACGGAUGAACUGGUUCCAGUGUGUAGCGCGAAAAAUAGCAACGUUAGUUUUAGCAGCAGCAGUGGCAAAUUUAAACCCGAGACUGAGGACGAAGUUCCUUAUCUGGAUGAGCGCAAGAUACAGGAGUUGAGUGAACGAUGCGUUCUGCAAGGCUCGCACGCACCACUGAUACAUGCGCUGAAAACUGUGUUUUCCUCACCUCGUAGCCUAGCGGCCAGUUUUCAGUUUUGUCCGGCCUCGUCCAGCAUUGAAAAGAUGCUGGCCCGGGCUCCGGCUGGCGAUUUGCGAAAUAUCAAAAAGGAAGACCUGCGAUCGCUUGAGGGCGAUCUGGACAAGGACGAAGACAGCAAAGCCCCAACGAAACCAGUUCCGGACGUGCCCGACCCGGCGCACACUACGGUGGACGUAGAAUCGCUUCGGCGGGCGCUGAAAACACUUCACGCUGCCCGUCCGGACGUUUUCGGUCCGAUUAACGAAGCGCUAGAGCUGCUCGGUGCGUCUAUUUUGCAUGAGCUGAGUCUAGGGCUUACCAGCAACGAUGAACUGGAAGCGUUUGUGACGGUAUUUGUGAUUGCUUUUGAGACCCUGCUUGUCGGAUCGGCCGACUGUUUGGAAGGAUCGUUCCCACGCGUUUGCGCUGCUGUAAUUCGUUUGCCGGUGUGGGCGCAGUGUCGAUUGGUGCGCAUCUGGGCAGAACACUGUAAGGAAAGCAUCCAUCCGUUGGUAAUUCUUCUGCAGCAGCUGCUAACCGUUGAUACGCUCAUGAUGACCUACGACGCAUCUUACGAAUCGAUGCGGAUAAAUGAUAACGAAACGAUCUGCAAUGCGACCAUGGUCUUGAAGCUUGUGUACUACGCGAACAUUUUGGCUGGCGAACUAGAGCCGAAACACUACCGUGAGCUAGACGUGCGGGACAAGUCACUACCGAAUUACACGUACCUUUCGCUCAUCCCGGAAGAGGACGACUUCCCGAUGAUUGAAACGGACGCCGCGCAGUCACGUCAACGCUGGCCGGCCGAUCCUUUGGCAGCGGAGCUGGAUGUGAAUCCACUCGAUUGCCGAAAACCGCUGGUGCCAUACGAGGAGUUCUACAACGAGAACCUUUGCGAUGCCAUGGAAGUUGAGUUCGAUUAUAUGGCCUACAAGCAUCCAUAUCAGCAUCGGUCGGUGACAGAGAACGGUGGAACCUCAGCAGUCGGAACGGAAGGAACGAAAUUUUUUAGCUUCAUCAACUAUCCCUUUGUCAUGACGCCUACGACGAAAACGCUUGCCCUCUACUUCGAUUCGCGCAUUCGCAUGUUUUCCGAGCGCCGACUCAGCAUCCUGCAACGCCAGCGGCAGCUAAACCAGCUCCGUAAUACCAGCGACCUGCAGACGGCGAAUCCGUACCUCAAUCUCAAGAUUCGUCGCGACCAUAUCAUUGAAGAUGCGCUGGUUGAGCUGGAAAUCAUUGCCAUGUCGAACCCGAAGGAUCUCAAAAAGCAGCUGGUGGUGGAGUUUACGGGCGAGCAGGGCAUCGAUGAGGGUGGGGUAUCGAAAGAGUUCUUCCAGCUCAUCAUCGAAGAGAUCUUCAAUCCCGACUUUGGAAUGUUUAUGACGAACGAAGACUCCAACACGGUGUGGUUUAAUCCGGUUUCGUUUGAAAAUGAAGCCCAAUUCACGCUGAUAGGCAUUGUGCUCGGGUUGGCCAUCUACAACAACAUCAUCCUCGCGGUGAACUUUCCCAUGGUGGUGUACCGGAAGCUGAUGGGAAUGAAGGGAUCGUUUCUCGACCUGAAAGAUCAAAAUCCGGUGCUCUUCAAUAGCCUAAAGUCUUUGCUGGAGCAUACGGAAAACGACAUGGAGGAGGUGUUUAUGCAAACGUUCAAGAUCGCCUAUCGGGAUGUAUUCGGCACGAUACUGGAGUACGAACUGAAACCGGAUGGGGACAAAAUCUUCGUCACCCAGGACAACAAGCAAGAGUUUGUGGAGCUGUACAGUGACUUCAUGCUGAACAAAAGCAUCGAGAAGCAAUUUAACGCGUUCAGCAGUGGCUUUCAGAUGGUGACAGGUGAAAGCCUUCUGCAUCUGCUGUUUCGCCCCGAGGAAUUGGAGCUGAUCGUGUGCGGAAGCAAGAAUUUUGAUUUCAACGAGCUCGAGGUGUCGACCGAGUAUCAGGGAGGGUUCGAGAGCGACUCAAGCACGAUCAAGGACUUUUGGUCGAUCGUGCACGGGUUGUCAAUGGAGAUGAAGCGAAAGUUGCUACAAUUCACUACAGGUUCGGAUCGCGUUCCCGUCGGUGGUCUAAGCCGGUUGAAGCUGGUAAUAGCGCGCAACGGUCCCGACAGCGAUCGAUUGCCGACGAGUCACACCUGCUUCAACGUGCUGUUACUUCCCGAGUACAGUUCGAAGGAGAAGCUGGAGGAACGAUUGCUCAAAGCAAUUAAUUAUUCAAAAGGAUUCGGUAUGUUGUAGAAGGCUGAUAUACAGGUUGCUUCAGGACUGUUUCGAGCACGCUGCCUGCAACACAAACACACUACAUAUGUCAUAGCUCGUCAAACCAUACAAACAUAGCAACCACGGAAAAGCGCGAAAGACCAAUUGCCAUGAGAGAGCAGCAUGACCAUGGAGGAGUACCAAAAGCCCUACAUUUAUUUUAGUACCCCCGAAGAGAUUAUUCGUGCUGUUGUUUUCUUUUGUCAGUUGUAUUUCGAUUCACACAUUGUUUUUUUUUUGUUUAUUCGGUUGUUCUUAAACGAUGUGGUUUGCAAUCCAGAAAUGUUUUUCGUUGUGUUUUCGAUGCUAAUGAAUUUAAAUUAACAAAAAAUGCGAAGAAAUAAAGUGAGUUCUUCAAGAA